AUGGUCCUGCAGAACGAUCUGGGGGGAUCGCCCUUGCAGAACCGGAACUUCCAGACUCCUUUCCAGCUGCUUAACCAAUGGCUGCAAAACAACAACCGCGACACAGGCUAUCAACAGCUCCAGCCUGACAUCACUUUUCUCAAAGCGUACGGCUGCCGAGCCUACCCUUUGACGACCCAGGCCCUUCAGAACAAACAGAAAAAGGACCUCAAGACCGACCCUCACACGGAAAUCGGUUAUCUAGUGGGAUACGACUCCACUAACAUCUUCAGGAUUUGGAUCCCUUCGUCAUCCGAAGUCCGACGAGUUCGAGAUGUGACCUUUAACGAACACGAGUUCUACGAAGGAAAGGUAGAGCCACAGAAGCCUAUCCCUCAACGCUUGGAAGUACAGCUUCCAGCACACAUCGAAGACGAAUCGGAAUACGAGGAAAUCCCCACUCGUAUGGAAGAGCAUGAUCCUCAACCGGACACCCCUUCUUCGACUACAUCGGGUCAAGAAGACACCAGCACCAUCCAGGUUCAACUGGAACACUCUGAACACGAAAACUCAGAAGACCAGGAUGAGUUUCACGAUGCGGAUAACCCGUACCCGACACCUGAUCCCGCUCAGAGCGAUCAGCAACUUCGACGUUCAUCACGUCCGCCCAAGCCACGGAAUUUCGGCAGCUUUGCUAGUUCCCAAAACCACUUCCACAGCUCCUUCUUUCUCGGACGAGAGGAAAAGCUUCAUUCUCGAUCUCUCCCGCCAGAACCCACAUCGUACAAGGAACUGAGUACACACCGCUUUGGCCCUCAAUUCAAGGAAGCAGCCCACGCUGAAUGGAAAUCCCUCCAAAAGAGAGGAACCUUCAAGGCUGUUCCGCGAGACCAAGCAACAGGCAGGCCGUUGCCCCUGACCUGGGUGUUCAAGUACAAAUUUGACAAGCAUGGCUUCCUUAUCAAGUUCAAAGCCCGCUUAUGCGUACGGGGAGACCUUCAAAAGCUGGGUGACAAAGACACCUACGCUGCCACCCUUGCCGGAAAAUCAUUCCGCGUUCUUAUGGCCAUCACAGCCAAAUUUGACCUCGAAUCCCGACAGCUCGAUGCAGUCAACGCCUUUGCCAACGCCCUCUUAGACGAUGAUGAGGAGAUCUAUGUGUUAUUCCCAGACGGAUACUAUAGACAAGGCUGGGUCUUACGCCUACUCCGGGCACUCUACGGCUUACGGCGUUCCCCUCUACUUUGGCAGAAAGAGCUUACUGCAGCAUUCAAAGAGCUCGGCCUUUCGCAGUGUCCUGACGAGCCCUGCAUUUUCCAGAACGACUGGCUCACAGUCUUCUUCUUCGUUGACGAUAUCGUCUUCCUCUAUCGCAAGGAUAACGAGGAUGCAGCUGAUCAUAUGGUUGCAGCCCUCAAGAGGAAAUACGCUAUGACUGAUCAAGGGGAAUUGCAGUGGUUUCUAGAUUCCUACAUUGAACGCAUGGUUCAACGCUUCAGUCUCAACAGACUAGACCACUUUAAGGGAUCCUUUCCUUGCAACGAAGUCCAGCCGCACAAAGGGCAGGCUUCCCUAGACCAAAUUCAGUUAUACCAGAGCAAAGUUGGAUCGCUAAACUAUGCCGCCUGCAUCACGCGCAUGGACAUAGCCAAACCGGCAUCAAAAUUAGCUGAAUCUCUCAACAACCCUUCCGAGCAACACCAAAAGCUCGCGGAUCACCUGAUCGAACACUCGCAAAUCAUCACAGGAAGCUGA